UUCAAAAAAUAAUAAUUUAUCAUGUUUAUUAAUUUAUAAAAUUUAUACUUUAUUUCUACUCUGAUAUAUAUAUAUAGCCGAGUAAAAAAAAAGAUACGCGUGUACACAUUUGCCUUCCUUUUAUUUUGUUUGUCGGUUAAAGUGUCCACAUUACUUUGUAUAAUUCAUUAGUAUAAUAUCUCACUAUAUGUAUAUGUUUCAAAUUAUUAUUUAUGCGUGUUCCUAUAAAGAAAGAAAUCCUUAAUAUAAUCUUCUAUGAUUCAAUUUCUUAAACCUCGAAGAUCAGAAUUAUUUGGAUAUUUUACUAAUUAUAACAAAAUUUUAAAGAUUAUAUUCAGUCAUCAAUUAUCCAAUAAAAUUAAUAUUGACAUAAAUAGGGGAAAAUAGUAUAUAUAAUUACAAAUAAAUAAUAAAAUUAGAAAACCAAAUCAGGAAGAUAUGCCCUCUGACGUAAACGUGUAAGUAACAGGUAGCAUGACCCAUCGUAUAUAUUAAAAAAGAAGUCACAACCUUAAUUCAUGUGUGAUAUUUUUAAAAAUGGACCUUACUAAAAAAUUAUGUUUCAUUUACUUCUAAUUAAUAUUUUCUGACUUACUCGGCUGUAAUUACUUACGCCUAUAAAAUCGUGGCAUCAUUUAUAAAUCACAUACAGGACAUGUAUAUAUAUCGAACCUAUAAUAAGAUUCACUCUUGAACCGGCUCGCUUUAUACACUUAAUAAACAAAAAACGCAUUUGAUUAAACCGGUUCUAACAAUCAUUUACAAUAUAUGAUUAGUUUGACUAUUCAACAUAUUCGAUUUAAACACUAAAUAAACCACAUCACAUAUUGGACUUAACCGAACAUCAAGUGAUCAUCAUUUAGCUUUGAUGAAUAGGGGAACAUAUAGUAUUAGCUUUGAGUUACAAAAAAAUGUAUAGUUCGAUGUAACUUACAGUAAAAAUUAUGUGGUAGAAACUGUAGAUUUAUGCAGUAGGUUUGCUAUAUAAAUUUGAGUUAAUAUAUUUUGAAAUAAUUGACUGGUAACAUUUUUGAUGUAUAAAUUGCAGUAUGUAUAAUUUCUUUAAAAAAUCUAAAUAUCAUAAAUAGUAAAAUCUAUUAUAUAUUUAAUUAAAUAAUUAGAAAACUAAAUAUAAUUUAAAAAUUAAGAACAUAUAUUAAAAACAAAAUUAAUAAUUAAAAUUAACAAAUAAAAUCAUAGGAUAUAACAUUUAAUCAUCAAACAAAAUUAAAAAUAUAAAAACAAUUUGGAUUAUCUAACUAGAGUUUUUUGUUUUGUAAAAAACUAACUUAAGUGAAAAAUAAUUAGAAAGUCUUUGGAUAACAAGUAGGUAAUUUAUUAAAAUACUGUAUUAAUUAGUAACAAGUAAACGUACACUAUGUGAUCAUGUAUUAUAAUUUUUUAAUUUGUUAAAAAAAAUAAAAAAGGGACGUGGGGUAGUUAAUAGAAAACCAAAAAAUUAUUUAACUCAAGUCUUAAUACAUGAGAAUUUCAUUGAUGUUGAUUUAAGAUUUGAUUUAUCAUUUUUACAAAGGAUAUAACUCAAACUAGUAACUCAACAAUAAUACAUUAUAACUCAAACCUAACAUUAAAAACUUAAAACUAAUUCAUGAUCGGUGACAUUUUUGAUUUUUCAGCAUAACUCAAACUAAAUCAACUCUAAUACAUGUUACCAAUCAAAGCCAUAAUACAUUAUUAGCUUGAGUAUUCAGCCGGUUCGUUAUAUGCAGUAAAUAAAACUAACAAAAUAAGAUUUGAACGGUACUUGGAAUGAAAUACUAUUCAUCUUUUUGGGUACUUUCAUAAUUCAUAAAUUAUAGUUGAGAACCAAGUACAUAUUAUACCUAUAUAAAAAUAUGAUUAACUUCUAUGGAUUUAUUAGUUAAGACGAAUGUUUAUUUUAAAAGGCUUUUUAAACCUUUUGAUUGCAAUAUACGAUUCUCAACAAUAUUUUCUAUAAACCAUAAUAUUGACAUGAUUUAUUAUUGAUCUCCAUAAAAAGCUCAUCGACCUUAGCUAAUGUACACAAGAUCCAUUUUGAAAAGGUAAAUUCAUAAUCAUUUAAUAUUGUGUGUGGGUUUACUAAUCAUAUAUUCUAAGUGUAUAUAUAAAAGAUAUUAGUAAUAGAUCACAUAUUUCUUGAAUAAUUGAAUUUAAAAUGUUAACGCCCAUUGGAUUUAUAGAUAGAUAGUAUAUUUUCGUACAUUUUCCUAAUUUUUAAAUGUUUAAACUAUUUUUUUUUACUAGAUAGGAUUUGUCUAUUUAUGUAAAGUCAUUUUAUCAUGUAAAGUCACAUAAAUUUGUGUUUUAAUAAUAAACCUUCAUAUGUAAUAUAUUUUUAGACAUUACAAUAAUUCUAUUUUAUCAAAAUUAGAAGAGCUUACCGAGUUUAAUAAUUAAACAAAAAUUCAACAAACAAUAUAUUGUAAAGAAAAUAAAAAACUAAUGUGAUAGUUUGAAACAAUUAAUUUGAUUAAGAAUAAGUAAAAUUUUACAAUUUUGAGUUUGAAAAAAGUGAUUUACACAUUUCAAAAUAUGUGAUUAUUAUAAUAUAUACUAUUUUAAAGUAAAAACAAAAUAUCUAUGUAAAUAUGAAUAAAAACAAACAAAAACUAUAUUUUUUUUGUGCGGGUCAAGAUCUAGUAUCUUGCUUAAAAUAGUUGAGAUAAGAAAAAGCUGUCAAGUCUUCUUAACUUUUAUUUUGAGAGUCAAAGGCUCAAAGUCCUCUUAAUUUCUAUAGUAAAAUGAUUACAUCAGUUUUGCAAUACUUUAUAGACCGUGUUUUCCUUGCGGAUUCAUCUAAUAUUAAUUGGCAUUUAGACUCCUCUCUGUAUAUAUACAUUGUUUUCUGGAUUUCUUAGAUCAGAGAACAUAACUAAGAAGUCAGAUGAAAAUGGGUGUGUUGACGCUUAGUGUGCGUUUGAUGUUUCUAAUUCUAUGUAUUUUCAUCAAUGGUUCUUUCUCGAAGCUUGAAAGGUUGGGGCAUCCGGUGACGAAAUCUGAUGGCUCUUUGGACAUUCUUGUCUUUGGAGAUUGGGGUCGGAAAGGAGGUUUUAAUCAAUCACUUGUUGCUCACCAGAUGGGAAUUGUUGGAGAGCAACUAGACAUAGAUUUUGUGAUAUCAGUUGGAGAUAAUUUUUAUGACGAUGGUUUAAAAGGAGACACUGAUACUUCUUUUGAAGCUUCUUUCUCUCAUAUCUACACUCAUCCUAGUCUACAAAAACAGUGGUAUUCUGUUUUGGGGAACCAUGACUACCGAGGAAAUGUUUCAGCACAACUAAGUCAAGUUCUCACCCAAAAAGAUUGGAGAUGGUUUUGUCGCAGAUCUUUUGUCUUAUGCUCAGGAAUGGUGGAGUUUUUCUUCGUGGACACAAAUCCAUUUGUAAAAAAAUACUUCACAGAUCCAGAAGAUCACACUUACGAUUGGAGCAACGUCUUACCCAGAAAGAAAUAUAUCUCCAACCUCUUACAUGAUUUAGAUUUAGAGAUUAAGAAGUCGCGCGCCACAUGGAAAUUUGUCGUGGGACAUCAUGGGAUCAAAACAGCAGGUCAACAUGGGGUGACCCAAGAGCUAGUAGAUCAACUUCUUCCAAUUCUAGAGGAGAAUAAAGUGGACUUGUACAUAAACGGACAUGAUCAUUGUUUGCAACACAUUGGUUCUGAAGGUGAAAUUCAAUUUCUGACAAGCGGAGGAGGAUCAAAGGCAUGGAGAGGAGAUAUUCAGCCAUGGGAUCCAAAAGAACUCAAACUUUAUUACGACGGACAAGGUUUCAUGUCUCUUCGCAUCACUCACUCUGAAGUUAAGUUCGUCUUCUAUGACAUUUCCGGCAAUGUUCUUCACCAAUCCACAGUGUCCAAAAAAUCCAAGACUUUUGGUCUCUUUUAAAGAUUAUUCCUCUAAAAAGAGAGAGAGAGUUAAACAUAUGAUAAUUUGAGAGUGUUUAUUUAUAAACUAUGCAUCCAUUUCGAUUGUUGUGUGGAAUAUGUGAGGCGGCAUGAUGUGGAUAUCACUGGUUUCUUUCUGCAUCAAUAUAUUAUAGCUCUACGUAACUAUAUAUAACUUCAGUGUGUGAACAUAUAUGUUUUUUAAUUAACAAGUUGGAAAUUACCCUCAUAAUUUACAUUGCCAUCAAUGAUUGCGUGGUUGAAUAAAAACCACGCUUAAGGCCAGAUUAAAGGAAGAAAGAUAUUGAACUCUCAAACUAGAAAGGGAGCUGCCUAAAAUAUUUCUCUCUCAUGUCUGACUACCAAAGCUGCCGCAACAAAAUCUUCUUCCAGCUAAUCAUCCUAGGCACGGACAUUUUACCCAAAUCCGAAUCCAAUCCAAAAAACUUGAACUCGAACCCGAUUCGAUCUAUAAAAAUAUCCAAACGAGUAUUAAGUUAGAGAAGAUUGGAUACUUGAUCCCAAUCGGGUAAUAUCCGAUACGUGAAUGGAUAUCCAAAAUAUCUGAGAAUAUAUAUAGUAAUCCUAAAUCUCUAAUAGUUUAGACAAUUUUAUUUCUUCUUCAUAAUCAAACUAAACCAAAAUCCAUCCCCGCUGUGGACCUAAUGGACGCGUCUUCAAUUUCUUCGCACCUUUUGAUUUUACUAGAUGAUGCACUCUUUUAAGGUUGUUUUGGUGAAGUAUUGGUCUUCAUCUUUGAGUAUUUGAUGUUCUCUCUUUGGUUAAAAACUUAUUUUAUUGUUGUUUUCUUAAUACUAGAUUGUUCAAUUUUACAACGUACACAUUACUAUGUGAUUCAGAAUUUUUAUUUUGAUUGACGAGCUAUAUUCAUCCUGAUCUUGUUUUUUUAAGUAAUUUUACCCGACCCGAAAUAUCCAAAUCCGAACUGCAAAUAUCUGAAACCGAUCCGAAUCAUAAAAAUACCCAAACGGAUUCUAUACUUCUACAGCGAAAUACCUGAAAAUCCAAAAUAUUCAAUCUGAUCUUGAACGGGUAUCUAAACGCCCACUCCUAACUUUUUCUCUGGUCAACAUCACUUCUUAUGGUGUUCCCCAGUAACAUUUGCGCCUGGAUUUGAGUCGAUCCUACGGUUGUAAGAAUUUAGAGUCGGCAAAAUCUCAUAUCUCUUCACAAUUUCAUCUCGUACUUUGUGUCACUCUCGCUUUGGUCUCACCUAUAUCUUGACAUUCGGCUAAGCCUCUCGCUGAUCCUCAUAGCAUCCUCUCCACCUCUAACUGAUAGCUUGUUCUAUUUAUCUACCACCAGAUCUUGUCGUCUUGUGCCACUCCUCUCCAUUAUAACGAUCUUGAAGUUCUAUAAAACAUUAAAAAUUGAUUUUUUAAAAAACAUUAUAAACAAACAAAAAAAGUAAAUAGUAAUAAAUAUUUGUAAAAUAUUAUUUAUUUUCUAAUUGAUAAAUUAAAAUUUCAAAUAUUAAUAAAUAAAAUUUUUAUUUUAUCCGUUAUAAAAUAUCUUAUGUUAAUAAAGGAAAAAGAGUAUGAAUAAGUGAGUAGUAAUUGGACCGUCCCAAACCCAAAUUUUAGCAAAUUCAGUUUUCAAAUAAAAAAAUAAGGAAAUAGGCUUUAAUUUUUUUGCUAAAUUUAUUUUCAAAGUACCAAAUAAAAGCUGCAAAAAACUAGUUCUGAGAGCUAACAUAUUUUCUCUUAUAACUUUUUCGCUCUAAAUUUUAUUUUUAAAGGUAAAGCAUGAUUGUUUUAGAAAAAAUACUUUUGAAAGAAAAAAUAGUCGUCCAAAGCAUCUGCAACCCGUCUUAAUCAACCCUUUAAUCACAAAACUAAAAAUUGUGAGAGUUCAAAAAUAAAAUCUCGAGACUUUGAGUUAAAUCUACUACCAAGUUUUUUUUUUUUUUUUUUUUUUUGUCAUCAACGACAGACUCAUACUACCAAGUUAACAAAUCACGAUCAGCAGUGUAUAUUAACAGAACCUUAUUUCAUGUAUAUAUUUACACUAGGAAUUAACAUACUUAAAACAUAGUUCAUUUGUCCAAAACUACCAUAAAAAUGAACUACAAGUUUAAGGUAAUUCUAGUAUGUCUUUGGCAUGAUCAAAUUGAUAUAAAGAAAAAAAAGUGCACAUAGGUUUAAAAAGGAACAACAACUUUAAGGACAAUGCAUUAUCAUUCCACGAAAUCAGGGUUCUAACUCAUAGUCGAAUCCAGAGUAAUUCCAAUUUAAUUCUGAGCAUUCUAGGUCUGUAGAAUAUGGAGCAGCUAGGAUUCUGAGAGCGAAUACAAACUGAUUUAGGUUUAGAAACGAAACCAUUGAAUGCAAACACUAUAUCGGUCUAAAGAGGAUAGCCGAAGAACUUACCUCUUUGUGAGGAAUUAAUCGAUUAAGAAUUUUUUCUUUUGGCCAUAGAUCAUAAUCUUUUAAGUUAAGCAAUGUGUUAACAUAAUAUAUAACAUUAACACUUAACCAUUAAUGCCAAUGUUUCAUCAAAAGAAAAAGGAGUUUUAUUUUUUUGAAUAAUAAAUUAAACGGCCGUUCGACCCCAUCGACUUGAUCCGAGUCGAAAAGGCAAAAUUGAAAAGGUAUUUUCGGGAUAAGAAGAGCUUUGGAAGCAUGCACAGGGUUUCUAGAUAGACCAUAGCUGGCAAAAGAAAAAAAAAACAUCGACAUCUGUAAAACAACACAAUGAGAAUGAUCUAAGCUAAUUUUCCACAAGUCUUAUGUCUUUAGAUGGUCCCUAAAAUGCGAAACUCUACAGUGAAAAUGAGCUAAACUUAGACCUGGGCAUUUUAUCCGGAUCCAAGGAUCCGACCCAAAACCGAUCCAAAAAAUCUCGUUUCGGGUAAAAACUGAAUCGAUCUUUUUACCCUACUGGGUUCUUGUUGUGGAGGAUCUGCGAGUAUUGGACCUCAUCUGAUCCGAAUUUGAGAUCCCAUGGAUAGCCAAAACUUAUAGUAUAUAUUAAGUGUAUAUGAGUGUUUUAAUAAAUUUUUGGUAUCAUGGAUACUUUUUUAAGUUUCGAAUAUGGAUUUUCAGAUAUGGUUUUGGGUUUCGGAUUUUCAAAAAAUAUAAUUCGGAUAAACGAAUAAAAUUUCAGGUAUUUCUCAUAUCUUCGGAUUAGAUUUUAAGUAAAAUUUUGAAUGUUUUUAGGACUUAAAAUAUUUUUGGUCUUUUUAUUGUGUUUUGAGGUAUUUUUUGAGCCGAACCCGACAUGAUCCAAACCGAACCUGACCCAAAACCGGACUGAACUCAAACCGAUAAAUUCUAGUUAUCCUAUUGGGUUCAACUAUAUAAGAUUUGAACCAAUUCAGACCCGACAUGACCGAACCGAAUCUAAACCGACAAAUUCUAAUUACUCUAUUGGAUCUAAAUCCGGAUCAGUCCCAAAUCCGAUCCGAGUACCUGAAUGUUAAAGCCUAGCUAAGCUCAAAAACAUUUGUACAUAUAUACUUUAGACACGACCCAAUGGUUUACAUAAAUUGUCAUUGAAUGUAUAUACAUAUGUGCAUGAACAUGGCCACACACAAUUAAAUCGAAUAACAUUCAUUGGACCCACUGAAUGAAACAAGUAAAAGAGAGACAAAACUUUCGUCUAUAAAGUACCCAAAUUGAAUUAAAAUAAAUCGAAUAUCUGUCCAUAUAUAUACGAAGAAAAUGACAAGAAAAUACAACCCGAAUAUUCGUCAAACGGAAUAUAUUCACAAAAACAAGAAAUGAGACUUUAAAAUAAAUUUGUUCAAAAAACUCGAAGUCUCUCAAAUAAAUAAAUAAAUCAUUUUAUUUCAUACUACGGUCAGUCCGCGCUACGCGCAGAAUAUACUUGACGUGUGAUGUAUAUUAUUAUAUUACUGUAUAUUUUCACUGAGUGUGUUUUAUAUUUGUUAAAUGAUAUUUUUUAUAAUUAUUUUCAACUUUAAGAGUUUGGUAUAUAUAUAUUCUUUGUUAUUCAUCAUAUCCAUCAAAGUCAUUGUUGACUAAAUUUCGUAUACGAUGAUUAUAAUUGUCUGAAUGGAGCAUUUGUCAGUUUUUUUUUUUAACGCUGAGUUUCAUAUGAAAUAUACCACAAUGGAUCAAGGAGUACAUAGUUUCAGAAAACAUAAAAAAAUAAAGGAACUGAAAAAAGAAAUAAGGAUACCAGUAGGCAUCGCACCUAUAAAGGCUUUAAACGUGAAAACAAAAAGAGCAGAGAAGGAUUCCACUAGAGGAGAAACCAACCAAAUCUAAAGUUAGGUAGAGUUUCUCAUUUCCUGGUCGAGGAUGAAGCGAAGCCAAGCCGGUCCUCCAAUAGAGAUGUAAGACUGAGAGCGAGAGCCUUGGAUGACACUGUCUGCAAUUGCCUGAGCGACUAUGUUACGAGGAGCAGAGACAUGCUCUAAAGACCAAGAGCCGAUAAGACUAAGAAGAUGAAGAAUGCCUUGUAUAAGGAGUCCAAGGUCGGGGAAGAGAUGUGGCUUGAGAAAGGCUUCACGAACUUCAUGAGAAGAGGUUUCAAAAAUGAUAUUGCUCUGACCCAUAUUACUCAUACUCUCCGCAGCCCAAUAAAGUGAUUGUAAAUCAGCUUCUUGUUUCGAUGCACUAGAGGGGUAACCACGUCGGCUGAGUUGGAGGGGAGAACCUUGGGAAUUUCUGGUGAUCCAGCCAGCACCACUGAAUGAACUCGAAUUAUCCCAAGCCAUUCCAACAUUACAUUUGAUGAGAUCACCCUGAGGUUUUCUCCAUUGCGGGUUAGAAGGUUGGACAUUAGGCUGCCAAGAAGAAGUAACAAUCUGAGGGUCAUUAACUGAUAGCCAUAUCUCAGCAUCUUCCAAAGCUUUCUUAGCACAGUCAACUGGAGAAGAUCUUCCAAAGUUCAGUUUUUAUUUUAGGGGAGUAAUUAUUUUAGUUUGUUUUUCUUAUGUUAAGUUAUCUAUUAUCAUGUCAGAUCUUAUGUGUUCUUUGUAUGAUUGUCGUAUAGUGUGGUGUUUUUUUUGCACUAUAACACCUUUUUUUUUAGAAUACACUAUACAACUAUUUAGUUUAAUUUUAUUUUGAUUAUGGGAUUAUGCUAGACAUUUUUUUUACUUUGAAUUCAUUUUUUUUUAAAUUUUCGACACAUAUUUGGCGACAAUACUUUACAUCUACUCCUUAAAUUAGGUAAACAGUUUUUAUAUGUAUAUAUCAUAUAGUAAGUGUCGCAUAUGCUUUUUAAUGUUGUUGGGGCGGUAUACAAUCAUUGAUUUUGUAUUCCUAAAAAUUUUGAAUUGCAUGGUAGUUUGGUUACUUCAACCAUGUGAAACGAUUCUUUGAAGCGUCUCCAGCAUUGGUCAACUUUAAUUUUUAUUAGUUUCCAUCCAAGCAUACCAAAGCAUUCUUUACUGAUAUUGGGCUCUCCUUUGCAUAAUAUUUUUAUGUCGUAUAGGUAAAUUUCAUUGUUGUAUGAACCAACUAUUGUUGCUUGCAGAUUUUGGAACCUGAAGUUUAUGUUGUUGUUUUGAAAACACUCUUGCAUGCUUUUGACGUAGUGGACUGGCAGGUUAUCGUCUGAAAGACAUUGUCAUUAAGUUUUGGGUUUGUAUCUAGUUAUCGAUGCUAGGGGUUGGGCUAUUAAAAGAAUUAAAUUGAUAUUCGUGUACAUCCAAAUAUUUAAAUGUCAAUUUAUUUUUCAUUUCGGUGGUGUAAGUAGUGUAGUAUGGUAUGUAUAGGGAAUUUACAUAUUAUUUGAGUUUAUUGUCGUUACUCUUUUACGAAGUUUUUUUUAUUUUCCCUAAUAUAUUUAUAACAAUUGUGUUAAUUAUUUAUUAUUUUCUUUAUAAAAGUAAAUAAAUGUUUUAAAAUGUUUAUUAUCAUUUAUACAUUUUCUUAGAUUGAUUUAUAAGCCUUUAAAACUAAUUUAUAAAUUUUAAUAAAUUAAUUUAUUAUAAAAUAAAUAUACAUCCUAAAUUAAUAAUUUUCAACACUAUUUACAACUUAAUAUAACUUCAAAAUAUUAAAUCAUUUGAUAUUUGGCAAUAGUGAUAUAAGAAUGUUUUUGUAUUUAUAUCUUCAUUGUCAAAUAUCAAAUAAUUUAACAUUUCUAAGUUAUAUUACGUAGUAUCAAGGAUAAUUCAUUCAUGAACUCAAUCUUUUUAUUUAGAGUAGGACACACUUUUUCUAUUUUCAUGAUUUCCGUCCUCCGGCUCUUACUUUUUCUCUCUGCUCGCCAAAAAUAAUGCAUGAUUAUUUUUAUUCUCAUUGAUUUCUAAACAAAUAAGAGAUAUUUUUUAAAUAAAAUAAUAUAUUUGAUAUUUUAUUCUUGAUUUAUUGUAUUAAUUUAUGUUUCAGUAGUAUUAUGAAUAAUGUUAAAUCAUUGUGAAACCGUAAUAAUCAUAUGUAAAAAUAUUAAAAUAUUUAUGAAGCCUUAUAAAUUGAUUAUAAAUUAAUGUAUUAAAAUUUAUAUAUUAGUUUAAAGGCUUAUAUCAAUCUAAAACAAUGUAUAAAUGAUAAUAAAGAUUUUAAAACAUUUAAUAACUUUUAGUGAUAAAACAUCUUCACUAUUUUUGAAUUGUAAAAAAAACAUCAUAUAAGUUUUCAACAUUAUAAACUCUCAGCUUAUAAACCGUUAACAUAUGUCACUCUCCAUGAGGGUAACAUAUGUUAACGAAAUUAAAGUUGAAGGUUUAUUUCAAAAUAUUUUUGGUUAAGAGUAUUUUUACGAUUCAUCUUUAGUUGAGGGGUUUAAUUACUAGAAACCCUUGAUAAAAUGUGUAAAAUGAUAUCUUAAAUAAAUUUUCUACUUUUUCUCUAGUCAUUUUUCAUAUUUAUUAUUUAUAUUAUGUUUUUUAUAAUAUGUCUUUAAGUAUUUUGGUUAUUUUAGGUAUUAUUAUCAAAUAUUUAUGGUUUUAUUUGUUAGGUUUUGUUAUAUAUAUUUUCAAGCCAAUUUCUGAAAGAUAUUUAUACUGAUUAUAUGUGAAUUAUUAGUUGUAUCUUUUUUCAUAAUUUUCACACAAAGAAAAAAAGAUUCUGUGAGAUUCACUUUUUAAAAAAUACUAGGAUGAGACCCGCGCCUUGCGCGGGAUGAGAUAAAUCUAAAAAUGAUAUAGUUAAAAUACUAAAUUGUAUUUUGUAUGGUUAAUAUAAUAUAAUGUGAAAUAUAUAGAAUUGAACAGUAUAUAUUAAAUCAAAUUGAAAUAGAAUGCAAGGUCUUAAUCAUGUAGUGGACUUUAUUUUAUGGACCUUAAUUCAUAGACUUUUAGGACCAAAGACAGAUGGACCUUAUUUGUAUAGAGUUACUAAAAUGUGAUGGGCCUUAUUUAAUACUUGUCUAAAACUAAAGAAAAAAAAAAAUUAGUCCAUUAAGUACUUCCCGUGAAAAAAAAUAAAAGUUAUUACAGAAAGAUCCAAUUUGUUCGAUUCAUCAAAAUCGGCUGUGACUCUGAGACAAUCGUCUGUUAGAAAUAGCUUCCUCAUCUUAAAGACCUUUUAUUUUGUAUCUCGAUGAUUUGGGUCUCUUGAAUCUUCUCCUUCUAAACGACUCAGCAAUUCGUGUGUAUGUUCUGCCUUCCACUAUUUGGUCCUUAUUUGAAGCCCGACUGCAGCAACUGAAAUAUAUUCGUAUUUAGGUUUGGAGAAGGUUUUACCAACUUGCUUACACUCUGAUCAAGUAACGGAAUAGUUGGAAGGUUACAAUCAGAAUUGUUGAAGAUAUUCAGUCAGCCUUAUUUGUCUACAAAUUGGAUAUAUGCGUGGGGUCAGAUCAAGAAACGCUUAAGAUUUUUGGGGGGGAAAGCAGUUGCUAACAAUGCAUCUCAGGCAAAUUUAAGUUCUUGGUGUUUACAUAAGGUUAGUAUCGAGCGAUUUCAUAAUUGUUUGAGUCUUUGCUAUUGGUAACAGUAUAGAUCGUUUCUGUGGUUAAUAAAACAAAGCAUAGAAAAAGAUAUUAAAAAUGUAGAGUUUAAAAUAAAUAAAAAAAACAUAAGGAGGAGAGGAACAUAAAAUACGAAAGCAACAAAACAUAAUUAAACGAUACGAAAGCAACAAAACAUAAUUAAACGACAACAUAAAAAUAAAAUAUUAAAACCAUGUCAUUCCCAUGAUUUUUUUCUUCAGUAUCCAUAGUAUGGGAUCCUAUAAAAAAAUAGAGAAAAUAAGUGAGCAUAAAUAUAAAGUAAAGUGAGUUCCCUAUUCAACAAUCAAAUUUUAUUACCUCAUUCUGAAAGACUGAAUCUCUGGAACAUCAUCAGGCUCAAAUAAAAUUUUCGAAAAUCCAUCAAUGGUUUUCACGUGCUUGAAUCCACCUGAUCAUGAUUCGAAAAAAUAAUGUCACCAUAAACAAAUGUUAAAUCACCUACUAUGGUUUUCAAGAAUUAGAACUGUAAAUUACCAACACCCCAAGUAGUUUCCCAAAGGAUGGCACGUUAAGAUAGUCUAUCUAAAAACUGAGUAGAACAACUUAUAACUUAGAUUAAAUACCCAUAAAAUGAGAGUAGAGGCUUUAUAUAUAUAUUAAUUAAAAGUAGACAAUAAGCUCGCUGGGAAACAGCUCAGAAAUUUAAAUAAAAUAAAGUGCUGACUGAAAGAAAAAACAGAAACCAAUAAUUCAAGCAAGUUUUAGAAAAAAAUAAUCCUCUACUCUCUUAUACUUCAAUGAUUCCCUUUAGCCACUUUUAUCUUUCUUCUCCUUCUUGAUCUUCACUGGACAAUGAGUGCGAGUAACAGAAGUCUGAUCAAAUGUUUCCUCCAGAUUAAUCACUGGUGCCCCAGCUCUUUUAGCUGGAGUUCAACUCUUUGAGUCAGACUCACCAGAUGGACAGCCACGCAACAUCAUCGACCCCUGAAUAUACAAAAAGGUGACAAUUAUAGAAAUUAAUUAUCUCUGAGUUAAGUUGAAAACCAUGUUAUAAUAUUGACUGAAAGUCGCAUUUACCUCUGGUGCAUAAGACACAAUACUGUUAUCAAUAGCAGCAAUAUUUUCACUCCCCUGUCAGUCAGAUAAGAUUAUAUAAAAUUUAGUAGAUCGUUAAUUAUAAAUCAUGGCGAUAUAUGUAAUUACUAACCGUAGGCGAAUUAGUCACUUCAAACUCAGAAAUCAUCUCAGUGUUUGUGAUAAUCUUCAGCACCUUGUAAGUUUCAUGCUUGUACAAAUAGUUUUUCCGCUCAAUCGAUAUCUUGAAAAGAAAAGUUUUACCAACCAAAUUGUUGAUAGCACCGGGCAAAAGAUAUGGUUCUUGGAUCUCCAUAAGAAAAGUAGAAAAGGCCAUUCUUACAUCAGUCGCUCAAAACUCAAAUGAAUUAUUUAAAAAGUUAUAAAAGAGAUUUAUAAGCAAACCUCGUCGGAUAUGAGUCCGGUGAGCUCAAGGCAAGGCUGAUGUAAGAGCUGAUUUGCUAGAUUAUCAAAAAGUAGGAACUUUGGUGUCACUUGUAUGAUCGAGCACAACCACAUGUAACUUAUACCUACAAUAUAUGAAUAGCCAUUACUUGUGUACAUGUCGUCAAAAGCAAAAUUAUAAAUAGAAUUAUAAUCAGAUUAUAAAUAAUAACCUUGGAAUAAGUUGGGGGUCAUGCAAAUUGCAUUUCACGCAAAAGUAACUGUGCCUGAACACAUUCACAUCGAGUCCAUCAUAAACUUAGAGAGCAGGAAUAAAUUUAGUGAGCAGGAAUAUAGAAAAUAUUGGUAUGUUGUAAGCAGUCCGAACUUAUGUAUUUAUAUAAGUUGAAAAUUUCCGGAAAUAAAUGCGAUUGGCAAUUGAAUAUGCAAUUAUUCAAACUAAUUGGCAAUCCGCAUUGAAGACCUUAUAAAUUAAUUACCAAAAUUUGCAAUUAAAAAUUCCAGGACAAAUGCCUUUGGUAUAUAUAAUAUACGCUCAAUCAAUCUAAUUGGCAAUCCGCAGUAAAGAGAUAAUCAAAUGUUUUCAGUAUUUGGAAAUUAAUAAAUACCGCAUAGUUCUAUUUUAGGACUAUAUUCAAAUAUCAUAGCAAGGAAUCGAUUUGUAGUGUCUGCAAUCAAUUGCAUACAACGACUAAAUUUAAUGGUUGCAAACUUGCAAUCAAGGAUUUCCAUAUACAAUAUGAUAUUGACUAAAAUGAAGACCAAAAUUUGCAUGGAGGACAAAUCAAACAUAAAAAUAUAACUAAUAUCAAUCAUAUAUCACCUUCAUAAUAGUUUAAAUCGCAAAGAUUCCACCACAAUUAUGAAUUGGUAUGUUAUAUUUUACUUUUUACCUCGAUUAUACAAAUUACGAACACAAUUUAAUAUUUCGUUACUAUCUUCUAUUUUCCACAUUGUUUAAUAUUUUAAUUUAUGUGAUAUAUAUUACGUUUCUCAUUUAGAUUGGUCAAAGUAAAAUGGGAACAAUUGGAUUUUAUUAGUAACUAUGAUAUAUUAAGAACAUGAUUUCACAUAAUUUGCAGGUUUUACAAUUUACAACUAAUAUUUGACUCUACUUAUUUUCCAAGACAAAAGUCAUAUGUUAUUCUGCAGGUACAUCAACAAAGUCAUAAUAGAGAAGACUUAAAUUGUUCAUAUCUUCGUUCAACUUUCUGUGUGAUAGGAGAUGAUGUGUCUAAUAUUAAGUUGAUAAUAAUAAAUAGGAGAUAAGAGAUGCAGUGUCUAAUAACAUGUUCAUGAAAUUAAGAAUGAGAUUAUGUGAAGGCGUAAA